UCUAGAUCCCAAACAAGUCCUCUAUCGAUGAUAGUACUAUAUUUUAAAUCUAGAGCGCAGAGGAAGGGUGUUAAACAGUGAGUAAUAGAGUGAGAGAGACAUGUUGCAGUUCCCAGCGUUCAUGAGGCAGUACCCGUCGUCGACGAGGAUGAUACCUUCGUCGUUUUUGCUUCCAUCUCAGUUACCGCAGCCCCACAGUGAAGAAUUCCUUCUCGCCUUGGAAGAAGCUGAAUUCGAAGACAAGUGCAAAGAAAUCAGGAAAACUAAUAGCAACCUCAUUGUGAUUGGGAAAAAAGCUGUUGAUAAUGAUAAGGAAGACUUCGAUAAUGAUGCAGAUGAUGAUGAUGCUGAUCAUGGAGACGAAUCCGAGGGAGAGGAGUUUGAGCAAGAAACAGCUUGAAAUUGUUGUGCAUUAUUCCUCUUUUCUCAUUGUUGUUCAUUCUGAGUAUUUUGUUAUGCUGUGGUAUCGAAUUUCUUGUGCCCAUGCCUAGAUAUACCAUGUUAUCUGCCUACACUGAUGUCAGUCAAACUUCUCCCUUUGUUUGCUAAAGCUUCAGCUACAAGUUGCCUACUUUUUGACA